AUGUCUUCCCGUAACCGUGCGCGAUUCCGCUCCAUCCAGAUACUCCGAAUUGCCGAGAUCGAGAAGGCUUCUGAUGUCCGUCGUCCCAACAUCAAGCAACUCCUUGUUCCCAAGCUUCGAUUCCCAUUGCCUCACCGCGUCGUCAUUCCAUCAGCCCGGUCAAACGGAGACCCAACGCAAGUUGGGAUCCUCUACCCUUGGUCGACCGCGGCCUCUGCCCCGGUGUCCGGCGAUGGUCAACCGUCAUGA